UUUAAAAAACCAUUAUUAUUAUCAGCACUUUAAUGUGAUAACGUGCUGGUAUAAUAAUAUCUAAAUGCACUGGUGACAUCAUUAGUCAUACCUGUGUUUAUCAGUUAACUAUACUGAUUGUGAUUGCUAUUGAGGACAGUCGUACUUUAACAAAAGUUUCGAUUUUAAGAUAGAAAUGGACAAACAAGGAGUACCGCAUUAUGAUCCGGGUGUUCAACCACCACCACCAGGAUUUGCUCCACCGCCGCCAUAUUCUUCUGGACCUCAACCACCUCCUCAAGCACCUGGAGUUAUUUUUAUACAACAAACAACAUUCGGGCCUGAUACAAUGCGAUUAAGUUGUCCUCAUUGUCAGCAUGACAUUUCCACAAGAGUUGAAACGGAAGCGAGCACUAAAACUCAUCUUUUUGCUCUACUACUUUGUCUUCUUGGAUGCUGGUGCUGUGCUCCAUGUCCUUAUUGUAUGGACAGCUGUUUGGUAAAGAAACAUUACUGUCCUUCAUGCAAACAAUAUCUUGGAAGUUAUGAAAAUUAAUUUAUUAAUUUUCCCAAUCCUUACUACCAUAAUUAUUAUUAUUAUUAUAUUUUUUUUUUUCUGUUUUUUUCAUUCAGUCAAAUUAACUUAUAUUUAAUUUCUUAAGAAAUAAAUGCCAUUAAGUUGUAAGUGCAUUUAAUUAACGAUAAAUCUAAACUUUCUGAGAGAAUAAUAAUAAUUAUUAUUUAAUUA